ACACUGAGAUAACUGCCAGUUGAAUUCUGCGUGGCCGAGGAUAGACUGUACUGGCUCCUGUCUCCAUCAUGUUCAGCAGCGCUGUACUUCUGGGCAUGAUUGCCCUCGGCUGGGGCAGCCCCCUGGAGGCGGCGGGGGCGGCGCGGCCGGGAGCCAGGGUGAUCGGCGGCAGCGUGACCAAGAUACAGCUGUUCCCCUACAUGGUUAGUGUGCGGGCCUCCACCGUGGUGCGCGCAAACCCCAGCAGCCCCAACACGGAGGAGCACCGCUGCGGUGGCACCAUCAUCUCCAAGGACUGGGUGCUGUCCACCACCACCUGCAUGGACACGUUCAUGAACGCCUUUCCGACGGUGUGGCUCCGGGCCGGCAACACCAACGGAAACAUCGGCGUCAAGUACGACGUGGCGAAGAUCAUCGAGCACCCGGGCUUCAAAUACCAGGGUGACAUCCCCGUCAACGACGUCAGCCUUGUGAAGACCUCCAAGUCCAUCACGUUCACCGCGAGCGUGAAGGCGGUGACCCUGGCGCCCGCUAACCUGGUGCUGAAGGCGGGCAGCGUCGUGCGCCUCGUGGGCUGGGGACUGACCACGAUCUACGGCGAGCCGCCCACGGUGCUGUCCGACGUGCAGAUGGAGACCCUGGCCGACAAGGAGUGCAGCCAGCUGUACGGCACCGUGGCGGGCACCUUCUGCGCGGGUACCCUGACCGGGACCAAGGGAGCCUGCGACGGUGACCAUGGUGGACCGCUCAUCUACAACAACGAGCAGGUGGGACUGCUGUCCUGGGGCAACAGCUGCGGCAGGAAGAACAUGCCCGAGGGAUACACCAGCGUGGCGCACUUCCGGGCCUGGAUCAAGACGGAGACCGGCGUGUAGAGCCUGCUGUUGGUCAAUAAAGCACUGCCGAGAAGGGA